GCAAUAAUAAAUAGUACCAUCACUCCAAACAUGACGUUCACAAAAACAUCGCAGAAGUUCGGCCAGUGGGCAGACAGCAGAGCGAACACUGUCUAUGGGCUGGGAUUUUCCUCAGAACAGCAUCUCACCAAAUUUGCAGACAAGUUCCAGGAGUUUAAAGAAGCAGCACGUUUAGCAAAAGAGAAGUCUCAGGAGAAGAUGGAGCUGACAAGCACACCGUCACAGGAAUCUGCUGGAGGAGAUUUACAGUCACCCUUGACACCAGAGAGCAUCAAUGGAACAGACGAUGAAAGAACUACCCCAGAUGUGAUGCAAAACUCAGAACCAAGGGCUGAACCAACACAGAAUGCAUUGCCUUUCACACACAGUGCGGCAGUGAACAAACACUGGGAAGCAGAAUUAGCCACGCUAAAGGGUAACAAUGCCAAACUGACCGCAGCUCUCCUGGAGUCCACGGCCAAUGUGAAACAAUGGAAACAGCAGCUAGCAGCAUAUCAGGAAGAAGCCGAGAGGCUACAUAAACGGGUCACUGAACUGGAGUGCCUGAGCAGUCAAGCAAAUGCUAUCAAAAACCACAAACAAGAGCUAAACCAGACAAUAGAAGAAUUAGAAUCUACACUAAAAAUAAGAGAAGAGGAAAUUGAAAGGUUAAAAAUGGAAAUCGAUCAUGCCAGGGAGCUGCAGGAACAGAGGGACUCUUUGGCAUUAAAACUUCAGGAAGUAGAAUCCCGAAACAAAGAUCUUGAAGGGCAGCUGACAGACCUUGAACAUCGACUGGAGAAGAGUCAAAGUGAACAAGAAGCCUUCCGCAAUAACUUGAAAACACUUUUAGAAAUUCUGGAUGGAAAAAUAUUUGAACUGACUGAACUCCGGGAUAGUCUAGCUAAGAUGAUAGAAUGCAGUUAGAAAAGGGACCUUGGUGCCUGUGACUUUAAAGAUGCUUUGCCCCCUUUCAGAAACCUAAAUUAAGGUCUGUAUAAAAAUUACACAGAUCAAGUAACACCUGUAGCAGCAUAUAUUAAACAACAAGCAGGAAGCAAAGAUCAUAAAGCACUGUUAACAGCUGAAAGAAAGUUCAAUUUAUAUUCUAAUUGAACAUUCAGCUGUACGUAAUGUCUCUCCUAAAAUGUACCUUUUAUAGUGAUUUUUAUAUAAUUUUUUGUCUCAGGAUGAGUCACACUUUAUGAAAAUGAAUACAAUUUUAUUUUGGAUGAAGAAAGGGGUAAGGCAUCCUUAAAAUGCAGCACAUUUUAAAUAAUGAGAGCUCUUCCUUAUUUGUACUGGAAGAUUACCUGUAUGUAUAAACUCCCUCCAGUGUUCUAUAAUAUUGUCCAGUGUAACGCUCAUAUUCUUCAUAUUUAUUAUAUUUAUUUAUGAAAAGACAGUUUCCUUAAUUUGCUUUCCCUGUAGCUUCUAGAACUUCAACUUGUACUCAUGAAAAAAAGAAAAAGAAGAAAUAUCAGGUGAGUAUUAGCUCAUCCCUGUGAGAUGACAAGUUUGUAAGUGUUUAGUUGCCCAUAGUGUUACUUAUUUUGAUUUUGUUUCAUUUGCAAAUGGUUAAAAUUGGACUCUACUACUUUUCAAUCUGCAGCAGCUUCUUCUCUACUUGAUAAAUGUUUCUUAGCUCCGCAUCGACUACAGUGUUGUUAUGCCUGGCAAGAUUAGGAUUUCAUUAUGCACAUUAGCAUCACUAUGAGUUGACCUUAAAACAAAGAAGCAACCAUUUAUUUUCCUUUUCUUAAUGAAUGACUGUUUGUAUCCAUGUUACUGUAGCCAUUAACAAUUUGGAUAGGAUAUUCUGCAGGGGUAUAUUCCCUUAGCAGUGAACUAAAACUCACACCAGGCAAUAUUCAGAACUGUUAACUGGAUGUUUCAACAGGCCUGCAUUCAAAAGCAGCAGGCUUCUUUUUUAAGUUAUUUUUAUGUAACUGAAAAAAAAAUACUGAAAGUUCUUUGCCAAACAUACAUUUCUUUGUAUACAGUAGUACAGUUAUAUUUAUACAUAAAAAAAGAGUUAAAGUAAAGUGCCAUAUGCCUGCUUUACUGUAGGAGAGAACUCAGUAUUUUAAUAAGUAUAUUCCUGCCAUUUGAAACUGUGCAACCGAAGUAAGUUUCCUUUAAAUGUAAUGUAAAUAUCCUGUCGUCAGGGGUCUAAUGAUGCAGUGUUCUCCUUGUUUCUAAGUUGGCAGAGUACCACUAACCUUGAAUCAAGUGACUAGAAAAUGGCAGUUUACUAUACUGGUUUCUGCAGUGUGCUUUGAGAUAGGAUCCUCAAAAUGUUUGAAACUCAAUGCAAUUACGUCUUUUUCCGAAUUCAGCACGGGAUGCUUUUCUUUUCACUAAGGUAUCUUCUCAGGACAUCUUAUAAUUUUAUGAUAAAACAGAUCAUGCUGUUCCACUCUUGUGGAGUGGAUUAUUUUUUCAGUAAAGUGCACAUAAACCGAUAUGAGCAUGCUUACUUGGAAGGGGUGUACAGCAGUUGGUUGACUUUUUGUAAACAUAAAUAUUUUGCCAGUUGUAUUUGUACCCCUGUGGUGGACAGACUAAUUCCACAGGAGUUUGUCUUCAGAUGAUCAGCAGUGAAUGUGUACCUUGUAUACUGAACAUAGUAUGCUGAGAAAUAACACUGUAUUCAUUAGUACCUGUUUUAGAAAAUCAACAUGCUGUCAACAAAUUUUACACUAAUAGACACAAACUGCUUAUAUAAAGAAAUUAUUGUAUAGAGUAUUUAAUUGUCCAUUUAGAUAAAUGUUUAGAAGUUGUAAUCUGAAAGUUCAUAGUUAGUGGGUUGUUAAUGCCUCUUGUUCUCGCUCCACUUUACUUGUUUGCAUAUUUGGCAGGACCCUUUCCCCAUUUAGGUACAAUACAUUGUCAUGCUCUUCAGUUGUACAAAAUGAUGUGCGAUACAAGGCAAGAAACAGGAUUCAUGAAGCUGUAGAGUAAGAAAAUUAUUAUACUGAAGAGCAGGGGAUAUAAAUCACAUUGUGUAUAACUUCUUAUAUUAAAAAAUACAAAGUCCUGUAAAAUAAGAAAAAUACAAUUUUUAUUUUGAAAUACACUUGCUCUCCAAUGGAACUGUA